CCUCUCUGCGACACCUCCCCUUUAGAUUUGCUCCCGUCAUUAAUUCCUCCUAUGUGCCACUGACUGGGAGAGUUGAAAGGCUUCGAAACCACAGGGCUACUUUGUGUUUAUAACACUUUAUUUUUUUUGCGAUGAGCUUGGAACAGUUUUUUUCUUGACAAAGAACAAUCUGAGGGCUCAUCGGUCAGCUUUGGUACCUUUAAGGCGUCUUUCUGUUUUCUGCUCUCGCAGUUUUUCAAUUGCAACAGGUAGAGUCUUCAUCUAAGCUACCGCAGCAUGUUGGACCCGUCUUCAAGCGAGGAGGAAGGGGAAGAGAUACUGCAGGUGGAGCACAAAGAAGUGGCGGCCCCGAAGAACAUCGGGGGAGCCCGAUUGUCACCGGGCCGAGCCGCCGACGGCCAAGCCAACGGAGGGCUCCAGUCACGGGGUGGCGGGAGCGGCCGUGGUCGACCGUCAAGCCCGAGCCCGUCGGUUGGCAGCGACAAGGAAAAGGAGGACCUGGAAAAGAUGCAGCGAGAUGAGGAAGAGAGGAAAAAGAGACUCCAGCUGUAUGUGUUUGUGAUGCGCUGCAUCGCAUAUCCAUUUAACGCGAAACAACCGACUGAUAUGGCCAGGAGGCAGCAGAAGAUCAGUAAGCAGCAGCUACAGACAGUAAAGGAGCGUUUCCAGGCAUUUCUUAAUGGAGAAACUCAGAUUGUAGCUGAUGAGGCCUUCAUCAAUGCUGUACAGAGCUACUAUGAGGUGUUCCUGAAAAGUGACCGUGUGUCCCGGAUGGUGCAGAGUGGCGGCUGCUCAGCUAGUGACUCUCGGGAGGUUUUUAAGAAGCACAUAGAGAAACGUGUGCGCAGCUUACCUGAAAUUGAUGGGCUAAGCAAAGAAACAGUGCUGAGCUCCUGGAUUGCUAAAUUUGACACCAUCUACCGAGGUGAAGAGGACCCCAGGAAACACCAGCAGCGUGUAACAACCAGUGCUGCCUCUGAACUCAUCCUUAGCAAGGACCAACUAUAUGAGAUGUUCCAGCAGAUCCUGGGUAUCAAGAAGUUUGAGCACCAGCUCCUUUAUAAUGCCUGUCAGCUGGACAACCCAGAUGAACAGGCAGCACAGAUCAGAAGAGAGCUGGAUGGACGACUUCAAAUGGCAGACCAGAUUGCUCGGUAUGGGGGGAAGUUCCCUCGGUUUGUCUCUAGAGAAAUGGAGGCCAUGUACAUUGAGGAGCUGCGAUCCUCUGUCAACCUUCUGAUGGCAAACCUGGAAAGCAUGCCAGUGUCCAAAGGAGGAGAGUUCAAGCUGCAGAAGCUAAAACGAGGCCACAACACCUCCAUCAUGGACAUGGGCCAGGAGGAUGAGAAUGCGCUGUCCAAGUCUGAUGUAGUGCUGUCCUUCACCCUGGAG